CAUGCAGAAGGACAUAUGGAACAAAGGAACAAUGUGACUGAGUUCAUGCUCUUGGGGCUCACUCAGAGCCUCCAGGGUCAGAAAAUAUUAUUUGCUGUGUUCCUGCUGAUCUACCUGGUGACAACGUCAGGCAACCUACUCAUUGUCAUGACUGUGGUGCUCAGCCCAGCCUUGGAUGCCCCAAUGUACUUCUUUCUUGGCCACUUAUCACUUAUGGAUGCCAUUUAUUCUAACAUAGCCACCCUACACAUGAUGCUAGACUUACUCCAUGAGAAGAAAACCAUUUCCUUUGAAGGUUGUAUGACACAGCUUUUUCUAGGUCACUUAUUUGGUGGUGCUGAGGUUUUGCUCCUGGUUGCCAUGGCCUAUGACCGCUAUGUGGCCAUCUGCAAACCACUGCAUUAUCUGACCAUCAUGAACCAACGUGUUUGUGUGCCGCUACUGCUGCUGGCCUGGGUUGGGGGUUUUGUGCAUGCUGUACUUCACAUUCUUUUUGUUUACAAUCUUCCUUUCUGUGGCCCCAAUGUCAUCGACCACUUCCUCUGUGACAUGUACCCCUUACUGAAACUCGCCUGCACCGACACUUACAUUAUUGGCCUCACAGUGAUGGCCAAUGACGGCACAAUCUGUGUGGUCAUAUUUUCCCUUUUGCUUAUCUCCUAUGGGAUCAUUCUGCACUCCCUGAGGAACCUGAGUCAGGAAGGGAGGCGCAAGGCCUUGUCCACCUGUGGCUCCCACAUCACCGUGGUGGUUCUCUUUUUUGUUCCUUGCAUUUUCAUGUAUGUGAGACCUCCCUGUACUUUGCCUAUUGAUAAAUUCUUGACUGUGUUUUCCACUGUUAUAACCCCGAUGUUGAACCCUUUCAUCUAUACUCUGAGAAAUGCAGAGAUGAAAAAUGCCAUGAGAAGGAUCUGGACUAGGAAAUAAACAUGUGGUAGCAGAUGUA